CUAGUAUUUCAGCACGGACACUUGGAGGAGCCCACAGGCUGUUCUGUGACAAUUGAUAGACCGAUUUAGGGAAGAUGGACUUUGAUAAACCACGGUCAUACAAUUAGUCUGAUGAAUUAUUGUUCUCUAAGCUCUUUGUAUGCCUGAUCCCAGUCUACCUUUGCGAACUCCUUGUAAUCUAAAGGUCUGUUCCAUUUAAAGAAUAAGGGGCCCAGUACUUUUUUUUCAACAUGCAAUGGAUGUGCACAUGACCAGCGCUCUCUUUUGAAUCGAUGUUCUAAUUAAUUAAGCCAUUAAAUCCACUUCAGCUUUUUCUAUUAAGGACCAUGGCAGCGGUAACAAGUCCGGAAACGACACCUCAACCACGGGUUUAUUUUCAAACACCUCCCGGUACCGAAGAAGAAGUGCCUCAGAAACAAGGACGAGUGACCGUAAAAUAUGACAGAAAAGAGCUGAGGAGGCGACUGAAUUUGGAGGAGUGGAUAGUUAGCCAGUUAAUGAAUCUCUACGACUGCGAGGAGGAUGAGGUGCCUGAGCUGGAAAUAGAUGUGGAUGAGCUGCUGGAUCUUCCCAGUGAUGUCGAGAGAACCAUUCGAGUGAAGAUGCUGCUGGUCGACUGUUACAAGCCUAAUGAUGAUUUCAUAGCGGCGUUGCUGGAGAAGGUCCGAGGGAUGCAGAAACUCAACACCCCCCAGAAGAAAGGGGAGCUGACGCCAUGAGGUCACCACAGCUCCUCCCACCACCUCCCAACCAACCUGUCACUCCAAACCCAGAGGAGAGAUGCAGGCAUGCAGACCCAACCACUAAACCACAGCGUCUGUCAAAUGGACAUCAAUGACACGAGUCCAGCCAAGCCAAUCUCAACUGCAGGUUGAUCACUCCAAACUGUUUUUACUUCGUCUUAGUACUGUUUCAGCAUAUAUUACAUGUAGAGAGUGUGGUAGUGUCCCUUUAGCUUAAAACUCCUGUGGUGAUUUAGGGAAAGGAAUCAAAUGGUUGAUGUUAAGGUUACAAUGUUCAUUAAUACACUUCUUUCAGCCACGUGACUUGGCUUGAUGUGUCCGUCUGUAAUCAAGUAGGAAAUUAAGCUGAUUGCUUUUCACCCCCUUUUUUGUCGGUCUCUCACAUAUGCUGUCUUUUAAGGGCGGAAUAAUUUUUUGCAGGCCAGAAAAUAGUUUUUAGAUGUGGGGUUUCAGAUUUUGGGGUGUGUUGAUGUAAUCUGGGAAGAGGGGGGGGGGGGGGGGGUGAGAAUUGUGAACUUGUGUUUUGUAAGCCAUUUUUAAUCUACCAUUUUUAGGGAAAGAAAAACAACAGGUAUGUGUUUAGUGCUACUGCUUUUAAAAAUCAUUUGACUGAGGAAGAUUAAACUAGUUUGAGGAUGAAGAGUAGAGUGAAUUUGUUACAUCUGAUAUUUUUACUAGUCUUUGCAAAUAUGAAGAGAAUGCCUAGUUGUGAUGCAGGCGAAGUAUGAAAAUGCUUUGGUAGUGUAGGCCAAGGUUAAUGCAAAAUAAAGCUCAAAGCCCACAUAUCUUUUGUAAAUAAAACGUUUAUUCAUUUUCAAGUGACCAAGAACUUGUUGGAAUGGCAGAACCUGUACUGUGUGCACUCUCACAACCAAAUACGUGUAGUAAGGCUCUCAAAUAAACAAUGGUGCUACAUACAAUGUCUGAAAAGCUGUGUCAUUCUUUUUUGAAAGGAGAAACAACC